UGUUCCCUCCCCUUCAGAUCUACAGUUGCAGGAUGGGUGUAACCAACAUGGUGGUGAGCUGACAGGCCUCUGAUCCUGCUCAAACACAUGCUGUUGAGAUCAGAGCUCAGACUAGUUUCACUUCUCAGGAAGUGAACCUCAGUCAGUCGUCGACAGCGAGUGUUGAAAUGGCGCAGAAAGGAGUUCAGCUGGACCGGGAAUCCUUCUCUUGUUCCAUCUGUUUGGAUCUACUGAAGGAUCCGGUGGCUGUUCCCUGUGGACACAGCUACUGCAUGGACUGUAUUAAAGCCCACUGGGAUACAGAGGAGGAGAAGGAGAGCUACAGCUGCCCUCAGUGUAGGCACACCUUCAUCUCGAGGCCUGUCCUGCUGAGAAACACCAUGCUGGAGACGGUACUGCAGGAACUGAAGAAGACCAGACUCCAAGCUGCUCCUGAGGAUCCCUCUUAUGCUGGACCUGAAGAUGUGGCCUGUGACGUCUGCACUGGGAGGAAACUCAAAGCCCUCAAGUCCUGUCUGCAGUGUCUGGCUUCUUACUGCCAGAAACACCUUCAGCUUCAUUCUGAGCUGGAUCCAUUGAAGAAACACAAGCUGGUGGAGCCCUCCAAGAAGCUCCAGGAGAACGUCUGCUCUCGUCAUGAUGAGGUGAUGAAGAUGUUCUGUCGUACUGAUCAGCAGUCUAUCUGUUAUCUCUGCUCUGUGGACGAUCACAAAGGCCACGACACGGUCUCAGCUGCAGCAGAGCGGAGCGAGAAGCAGAGAGAGCUGGAGGAGAGUCGACUAAACAUCCAGCAGAGAAUCCAGGACAGAGAGAAAGAUGUGGAGCAGCUUCAACAGGAGGUGGAGGCUAUCAACGGCUCCGCUGAUAAAGCAGUGGAGCACAGUGAGGAGAUGUUCACCCAGCUGAUCCGUCUCAUGGAGGAACGACGCUCUGACGUGAGGCAGCGGGUCAGAUCCCAGCAGGAAACUGAAGUGAGUCGAGUCAGAGAGCUUCAGGAGAAGCUGGAGCAGGAGAUCACUGAGCUGAAGAGGAGAGACGCUGAGCUGCAGAAGCUGGCACACACAGAGGACCACAACCAGUUUCUACACAGCUACCCCUCACUGUCAGGACUCAGUGGACCUGCAGACUCAUCCAGCAUCAAGACCCGUCCUCUCAGGUACUUUGAGGAUGUGACAGCAGCUGUGUCAGAAGUCAGAGAUCAACUACAGGAGGUCCUGAGAGAGAAGUGGACCAACGUCUCACAGGCAGCGACUGAAGUGGAUGCUUUACUGUCAGAACCACCAGAGCCCAAGACCAGAGCUGGGUUCUUAAGAUACUCACGUGGAGUCACACUGGAUCCAAACACAGCAAACACACGGCUGUUAUUAUCUGAUGGGAACAGAAGAGCAACACGGAAACAACAAGAACAGUCUUAUUCUAGUCACCCAGACAGAUUCACUUCUUUGUGUCAGGUCCUGAGUAGAGAGAGUCUGAGCGGACGUUGUUACUGGGAGGUGGAGUGGAGAGGGGGCGGAGUUUGUGUAGCAGUCGCAUACAAGAAUAUCAGCAGAGCAGGGAGCUCACAUGAUUGUUUAUUUGGAUAUAAUGAUAAAUCUUGGAGGUUAGAUUGUGACAACAACAGUUAUAACUUUUGGUACAACAAAGUCAGCACUCCUGUCUCAGGUCCUCAGUCCUCCAGAGUAGGAGUGUACCUGGAUCACAGAGCAGGUAUUCUGUCCUUCUACAGCGUCUCUGAAACCAUGACUCUCCUCCACAGAGUCCAGACCACAUUCACUCAGCCCCUCUAUGCUGGACUAUGGUUUAGGUACAGUUAUGAAGACACUGCUGAGUUCUGUGAACUCCAAUAAAAACCUUCAAGUCCAUUCAGACCAAAUAUGAGCAACAAGAGGAUUUCAAAGCUGCAUGGUUCUGGUCUGAUGGUUCUCCCUCCAAGAACUCUCUGUGCUUCAGGUCUUCAUGCCGGCUUUGUGAGUCUUUUUGGAGCUGCUGCUUUUGUAGACGCUUUAAGGGAUGAGGACAGUGAUGCUGGAUUAUUUGCAACAGUUGGGUUUCUAUUUUUGAUGAAGCUUCAAAAAAAGAAAAAAAAAACAGCUCUGUGUGAAAUGUUUGUGUUCCACAGGAUGGGAAGAUCUUUAUUUGUUGUUUGCUUGUUGAUCACGCUUCAUGAAUUUUGAGCCUCGAUGGUUAAAAUGAUGUUUGUUUUAUUUUGCAGAGACUUUUAUUUUGAAAGGGCUUCAGUGUGGGGGGCAGGUUUUGCAGGUAUGAAGCGUUAGAAAAGACUUGAAAACAUGACAAAGUGAAAAGCAGGAGCUUCUUUCUGAUCCUAAAUCAAAGGAUGUAAAGUCUGCAGAUGAAAAUAUCAUCUCUAACAUGUCAGAAUGUUCAUGUUUCUACAUUCAGGAUCCUGUUUUUAUUGAGUCCAAUCAGCUGAUCAAACAAGUCCUUUUCAUUCUUUGUUCAACUGAUGAAGACUUUAAUACUCACAUCAAUAAUUAGGAUUGUUGGACUUCUCUUAGAUUGUACAGAUGAACUUUCUGACUUCAGGUUUGUUGCUGAUUGAGCUAACUGCAGCAGAUAUUCCUGUCUGCUUCUUUUGGAUCAGUGGAUUUGGAAAGACGUCUACACUCACACUUUUUUUUAGGUGGCGGAUCCAAAUGUUGUUUUCCACAAAUGGAUGUACAGAUGAGGUUCAGUGAGGUUUGAUAGAAGUGUAUUAAUAAUCACAUGGGUUUGUAAAAGCUCUUUUCUUUUUGGGACACAGCUGAGAUUCUGCUGAAGUGAACUGAUUGUGUAAGUGAAGUCAACCUGUACCUAAAAUCAUCCAAUAAAUCAAAGUGUGUCUUUAACA